UGCACCAUUCGUAGUUCUUCCUAAACAACAAAACGAUUUAAAAAAAAUUGUAAGUGGAAAGUAUGUUUUUAUCUGGACAUCUUGUUCUGCACAUAAUGUUAACAAAAAUUGAACCUUUUUCUAAAACAUAUCAAACUUCAAAGACAUAUAAAACUCUCACAUAUUCCAUUAGUACAUGCACGAAUUGGGUGGAGCUGGCACGUGACAUCUAUAUGACACAUAUGCUUUUCAAAUGAUCAAUAAAUGCAUGUGUAAACUGCGUAAAACCAAUAAUAUGACACGGUACGUCGCAAAAGGUAUGUAUAUUUUAACAACAGUAAAACAGUGUUUUGGUAGUGCUAUGAAAUUCGAGCAUUUAAGUGCUCUCAACGCAUCUAUAAACACAAUAAAUAUCAUGUAUCUUUAAAUGUCAUUAUUUCAAGAACAACAUAGUUUUGUUGCAUGCAAAAGAUAUAGGAACAUAACACAAACUAGAUGAAAUCAAUACAUAUUUCGUCAAUCUCAUAAAAUCAGCGAUAUUCAGAUACAGUCUUCAACACACACACACGCGCACUCACCAAAGUACUUUCUCGUAAAACUAAAUUAAAACAGCAAACAAAACCUGUUACUGUUUUUACAUGGUCUUGCAUGAUUUGAAAAUUAAUCGUUUGAAUCUCACGUAUCUUACCCGGCUGAACCACUCCUACACAUCCAUGUGUUCCAAAUUGAUAUAUGACAAUAUCUACUUUCGAUCACGUGUUGCGGGACGGAUUGCGCGUCAUCUCGCCUUCCCAAAUUUUCUCCUUCUGCAGCUCGAAUCCAAAACAUCAUAUCUGUAGUACGGGCUACAGGGGAAAGAUGUUCAACUCUGUAAAUCUGGGCAACUUCUGCUCCCAGACGCGUAAAGACCGGACAUCCGAGUUCGGCGACAGAACAGGCUGUGCCUCUAAUAUCUACCUCCCCAGCUGCACCUACUACGUACCAGAAUUUUCCGCCGUCUCUUCGUUCCUUCCACAGGGCCCCUCGCGGCAAAUCACAUACCCCUAUUCCACAAACCUGUCUCAAGUGCAACCGGUGCGAGAUGUUUCUUACGGUCUAGACCCGUCCAGCAAGUGGCACCACAGAACCAACUAUGCAUCUUGCUACUCAGGAGAAGAUCUGGUGCACAGAGACUGUCUUCCGCCAGCCACCAUGACAGAAAUGCUCAUGAAAAAUGAGAGUGUGUACAGCCACCACCACCACCACCACCAGCAUCAUGCAAACUCCAAUCACCCCUCUUCUGGUUUCUACGCCGGCGUAGGGAAAAACAACGUGCUUCCUCAAGGCUUUGAUCGUUUUUUUGAAACAGCUUAUUGUAGUGCGGACAAUCAACCAGACCACUGUUUACAAAAGAACGAGAUGAACAAACUAGAAACGUCGUCCCAGCAACCCACAGCUGCUUCGGCGGGUCCAGAGCCGGAAAAGGACCCAGAUGAUGAUGAGGAACAUACAAAUUCGGGAUCGUGUACGUCGGCAGCUACUAAGGACGGGAACGCGAGCAAGAGCAGUCACUCGAGUACCCCGCGCACAAGAAAGAAGAGAUGCCCAUACUCCAAGUUUCAGAUUCGUGAACUGGAGAGAGAAUUUUUCUUUAACGUUUACAUCAACAAGGAGAAACGACUGCAGCUGUCCAGAAUGCUAAACCUUACUGACAGACAAGUUAAAAUUUGGUUUCAAAAUCGUAGAAUGAAGGAAAAGAAAUUAAGCAGAGAUCGCUUACAGUAUUUUUCCGGGAAUCCGUUGCUGUAAUUAUUAAAAUGUUUUAAGGUUUAUUUAAUUUUUCUUUAAACGUACGGCGAAAAACAUGCCAAUCUAAAACCUUAGUCGGUAUGUUUUGCAAGGGCCCACAAUAGUAUCAACAGUCAUCUGAGGAUAGAAACAGGUUUGAGGCAGGGUGGGGACAAAGAUGGAGAAUGUUACUUUGAUAAACAGGCAUUUCUAGUUUGGAUUGACGAACUAGAGUAAUGUUGUUUUAUGAUUGUGUCACUUAAUUCAAGUAACAUAAAUGCUUACAUUGAGAAUGGUCAUAUAUAUUAUAGCCUACUAUAAUAUAUUCUAAAAUUUACCGUUUUACCCUUUUCUGGUUGUAUAUAUGUACAUUAACACACUCGACUCUGGUUCAGAUCUGGAGAUGUCAUAAUUUUUUAUGUUUUCACCAUUUAAAACUGUGACUUGUACAGUCUGUAAUAAUGUAUUCCUUGUACAGAAAUUAUGCAAUGUGCUUUUGUGAAUGUAAAUAUAAUGUUAUUUUGAGUA